AUGGCGUUCCGUGCUCCUCUGCGACUUCAAUUGGCCAAGUGCCAGCCUCGUCUGGCCGUCGCCUCGCGCAUCAACUCCCGCGCACUUUCGUCUGCGGCUGCGGCCGCCACGAGCGAGGUCAAGAGCAACUUCGGCUCAUCAGUACCCAACCCCGAUCCGACCGAAGACUCCCCGAGCGCCGCUCUCGUCCGCGAACAUGCGCCGUACAUGGUCGCCACAUACGCCCGCCCGCCUCCCGUCUUCGUGCAAGGCCAAGGUUCUUUGUUGUGGGAUGUUGAAGGCAGGAAAUACCUCGAUUUCACCGCUGGUAUCGCCGUCAAUGCUUUGGGACACUGCGAUCCUGAGCUGACCCAGAUUCUGACCGAGCAGGUGGGUAACUCCGAGCCGCCCACGCUCAUGCACGCCUCGAACCUCUACUACAACCCUUGGACCGGCGCCCUGUCCAAGCUGCUGAUCGAGAAGACCCGCGAGGCCGGUGCCAUGCACGACGCCAACUCGGUGUUCGUCUGCAACUCCGGCUCCGAGGCCAACGAAGCCGCCAUCAAGUUCGCCAGGAAGGCUGCCAAGGUCAGCCAGCCCUCGGGUGACAAGUUCGAGGUCGUCUCCUUCAACAAUGCCUUCCACGGCCGCACCAUGGGCAGCUUGUCCGCCACCCACAACCCCAAGUACCAGGAGCCCUUUGCGCCCAUGCUGCCCGGCUUCAAGCUCGGCGCCUUCAACGACAUCGCCGCCAUCAACGAGACCGUCACCGAGAAGACCUGCGGUGUCAUUGUCGAGCCCAUUCAGGGCGAAGGCGGCGUCACGCCCGCGACGGACGAGUUCCUGAUCGCCCUGGCCAAGCGCUGCCGCGAGGUCGGCGCCGUCCUCAUCUACGAUGAGAUCCAGUGCGGUCUCUCCCGCACCGGCACUUUCUGGGCCCACACCCACCUCCCCAAGGAGGCCCACCCGGACAUCAUCACCACCGCCAAGGCCCUCGGCAACGGCUUCCCCAUUGGCGCCACCAUCGUCAACAGCAACGUUUCGGAGAAGAUCAAGGUCGGCGACCACGGCACCACCUUUGGCGGCAACCCCCUCGCCUGCCGCCUGGCCCACAACAUCGUCUCCCGCCUCGCCGACCCCGGUCUGCAAAAGGCCGUCGCCGCCAAGGCCGAAAUCUUCAAGACCCGCUUCGACGCCUUGCGCGAGCGCUUCCCUGACUUGAUCAAGGAGGUUCGCGGCCGCGGUCUCAUCCUCGGUCUCCAGCUUACGCAGGACCCGACGCCCAUCGUCAAGGCAGCCCGCGAGCGCGGUCUGCUCAUCAUCACUGCCGGUACCAACACUCUGCGUUUCGUGCCGCCAUUGACCAUCACCGAGGAGGAGAUCCAACAGGGUUUGGAUAUCGUUGAGGAGGCCAUCUCCGUCACCCGCUCAUGA